GUGUACUUCCAUCCCCCACGCAUCUCCCCCUCUGCUUCCUGUUAACAAACCCUGCAUUUCUCAUCUCUCGAUCCCUCGCAUACCAAUCGCCAUGCUCAAUAACCAAAGCUGCGUAAACUCCACGAACCAGAAUCAGUCUCAGGAGAAGGAGGAAACCGGUCCGGAGAGGCUGAACCGGCUCCGGUCCGAGAUGGCCGGUAAGGUAUGGAUACCGGAGACAUGGGGACAGGAAGGGUUGCUCAAGGAAUGGAGCGAUUGUACGGCGUUCGACCGGUCCAUGGUUCCGGAGGGGCUCCUGUCUGCGAGGAGGGCGUUAAUGGCUGAGUAUCGGAAGACCGACUCGGCCGGUCUGAGGAUAGAGAACCGCUGUUCUUGAGUGGGUUUUUUUUCUUAAUUAUUAUUCUUAUUUAAUAAGUUGUUUUCAGUACAAUUUUAGAAGAUUAUUAUUACGGAAGUUCAUGGGUUGAUUCUUACUCAGAUUUGCUUUA